CCAUUUCGACGUCACAUACAUCCACAUACUCUCUCUCGCUCUCUGUAAUUCUCUCACAAUGGAAAGCCCAAACUCGUGGUACGGUCGUCGGAACAAGAGCUCCGACGGAGCAAGGUCGACGCCAAGUCGCUUUAGUCACUCGCCAAGCCCCUCCUACUCCGACGCCUCCACGAUCUCCAGCAAGUCCAAGAAUCCGGUGGCCAACGCAGCCAGAUCGGUAGCUGGAGUUUUCGUUACCUGCUUCACGCCGCCUGAGACAGAGAACUCCAAGAAAUUCAGAGAUUCAGAUGACUUCAAAGCUUCUCCUGUUCCAUCCGACUCUUCGCGAGGACGAAGUUCAAAUAGAAGUAUUCAUAGCAAUUCGCAAAAUUCAGUCCAUGGGAGAGAGGCUGGGAGAGUCAGGUUUACUAUGGAGGAAAUUCUCAAGGCCACGAGGAACUUCUCACCUCCAUUGAAGAUUGGACAAGGUGGUUUUGGGACAGUCUACAAAGGCAGACUCCAAGAUGGAAAUGUUGUUGCCAUCAAACGAGCUAAGAAGAGUAUGUAUGAUACGCAUCUGGGGGUGGAAUUCCAAAGUGAAAUUCGGACAUUGGCACGGGUGGAACAUUUGAAUUUGGUCAAGUUUUAUGGGUAUCUAGAGCAUGAGGAUGAAAGAAUUGUCGUUGUUGAAUACGUUCCCAAUGGAACUCUCCGUGAACACUUGGAUUGUAUGCAUGGCACUGUCCUUGAUCUUGCUGCCCGGCUAGAUAUUGCAACCGAUGUGGCACAUGCAAUUACCUACCUCCAUAUGUAUACAGAUCAUCCUAUUAUUCAUAGAGACAUUAAGGCUUCCAACAUCCUUCUCACUGAAAACCUUAGAGCAAAGGUUGCUGAUUUUGGCUUUGCUAGACUGGCAGCUGACACUGAUUCAGGUGCUACCCAUGUCUCUACCCAAGUAAAGGGAACUGCUGGCUACUUGGAUCCAGAAUACCUGAAGACCUAUCAACUUACUGAGAAGAGUGAUGUUUAUUCUUUUGGUGUGUUACUGGUUGAACUGGUAACAGGCAGACGCCCUAUUGAAACAAAAAGGGAACUCAAAGAGCGGGUUACUGCAAGAUGGGCAAUGAAGAAGUUUACUGAGGGAGAUGCCAUUUCAGUCUUAGACCCGAAGCUGGAACGGACUUCUGCAAACCACCUGGCUGUUGAAAAGAUUUUUGAACUAGCCUUACAAUGUCUGGCUCCAAACAGACAUAGUCGGCCAAGCAUGAGGAGGUGUGCAGAGAUUCUUUGGAGCAUCCGCAAGGAUUAUAGAGAUUUAACAGCUUCAGACUUUCGUUCUCUUUCCUUUGACUCUCAGAGUCAGCGGAGUACUUCUAAGAGAGACGGACAGGCAAAUGGCUGAAUAAAUUCCCAAUGUGAGUUGCGAUCCAGUGAAUACAGGAUUGCAUGUUAGGAGCCAAUAAGCUUCAAGAGACAGACGUGAAGAUAGUGUUUUAAAAGAAAGUCCUCGUAUGUACCAAGCACUUUGUACUCAAACCUGUUCAUGGGGUUUUGCCUAGUAUGUAAGAAAUUCACCUUGAGGUGAGAAGGUUUCUUUCUUCCACUUGAAUUUGUGUGUAUUGUUGAUAAUUUUGUUAUUCAAUUCAUUUGGCUAUGGAUCGAUUGAUGUGUA